AUGAGAACUUGGAGCUCUCAAUUAUACUCCAAUGGUGGUAUCUCUUGUUUCCACAAGAACCAGACCUCUCCGUCCAACAAACAUCUCAAACUCUCCGGAUCAUUGUUUUCCAUCAAGACAAAACGUCUUGUAGGACGCUCGAGAGUACAAGUCAUAUCCUCUGUUCAGUUCCGACCUUGCAUUGACAUCCACAAGGGGAAAGUGAAACAAAUAGUUGGAUCCACUCUAAGUGACUUAAAAGAAGAUGGUUCGGUUCUCGUUACGAACUUCGAAUCAGACAAAUCUGCGGAAGAGUAUGCAAAGAUGUACAAAGAAGAUGGGCUUACUGGUGGUCAUGUGAUAAUGCUUGGAGCAGACCCUUUAAGCCAAGCUGCAGCUCUUGGAGCGUUACAUGCUUUUCCCGGCGGAUUGCAAGUUGGAGGUGGAAUCAGUUCAGAGAAUUGUUUGAGUUAUAUAGAGGAGGGAGCAAGUCAUGUUAUUGUCACUUCGUAUGUGUUUAACAAUGGGAAGCUUGAUCUGGAAAGACUGAAAGAUCUUGUGAAGAUUGUUGGGAAGCAACGAUUGAUAUUGGACCUUAGCUGCAGAAAGAAGGAUGGAAGAUACGCGAUUGUUACCGAUAGAUGGCAGAAGUUCAGCGACGUCUUGCUUGAUGAGAAAUCAUUGGAGUUUCUUGGAGGGUUUGCAGAUGAGUUUCUGGUGCAUGGUGUUGAUGUUGAAGGAAAGAAGCUAGGGAUUGAUGAAGAGCUUGUUGCAUUGCUUGGCAACUAUUCUCCGAUUCCAGUAACUUAUGCGGGAGGCGUGACGGUGAUGGCUGAUGUAGAGAGGAUCAAAGAAGCAGGAAAGGGACGUGUGGAUGUAACGGUGGGAAGUGCCUUGGACAUUUUUGGUGGUAAUCUACCUUACAAAGAUGUUGUUGCUUGGCAUCACCAGCAACAAGAACCCUCUUCAGCACUCCACUCAUAA